UUGAGUUUUGGUUUUAAUUAAUACUUGUUAUAAAUGGCUAAUAAGGAGACACCAAAACAAUGUCUCAUUUGCGGUGAUAAAGCCUAUGUAUUCAAUUUCGGUGUCAUAUCGUGUCAGUCGUGUAAAGCGUUUUUUCGUAGGAAUGCCCUCAAAAACAAGGGGUUCGAGUGUGCCUUUGAUAGCAACUGUCAGGUCGAUGUCAUUACCCGAAAGUUUUGCCAAAAGUGUCGGUUAGACAAGUGCUUCCGACUCGGCAUGAAAAAAGAGUGGAUCCUAAACGAGGAUGAGUUGAAAACAAUGCGCACAAAGAUUAUGGAGAAUAAGGUUAAGCGCCGGAACCGCGAGCUCUAUAAGCGGCAAAUGGUUUCAAAAACGGCCGACGACUUGACCGCCGAAACCCCGAUUCCGGACACAAAAUACGGAUUAGUCGGCGAUUCCUCAUCGAGUAAUUCUUCGGAUUCUGGUAAAGGGAACAGCGAUUCAUCCGAUUCUGACACCAAAAACGACACACAAAUCAUACAUUUAAAUGGUAUGAAGGUCUCCAAGUUUAACACCGACAUCAUCGACAUCUACAACAACUAUCACCGCGAAAAAGGUGCGGAAUUCCUAUCAUCAGUGGUCGCCAUCUCACAACAUGUCACCGAUUAUAACAAGAGUUUCAACACAUAUGAAUGCGACAAAUUGAUCGAGCUGUUUAGCGCCAUUAACUUCAUCCGGGAGCCCACACUGCCUCUUGAACCCGUGGUGACCGAUAUGAUGAACUUUAAAAUGGCCAUGGUGUUCAAGUUGGAUAAGGAGAUUAGAAAUUUUAUUACAGUCGCCCAGAAUGUGGCCGAAUUUGAUAGCCUGUGCGAGAAUGAUAGGAUAGCCCUGGUCAAGUAUGGGUCCGUCGAGAUCAUUGGCAUGCGAAUGAUCCAGUUUUAUAACGUGGCCGCACAGUCGUGGACUAUAUUCAUGGACAAGAAUAAUUGGAUAGUCUCUCGACUCGAUAUGUUAAGGAGUGAACCCAUGAAAGCUAUAUUCAGGAAUAGUUUCGGUAAAAUAGGCAGUGAAUGGGAUUCCGAUCCUAUUAUACUUGAUUUGUUAACAAUUAUCCUGCUCUUCGACCCCAACCGUCCAAACCUAUUACAUCGGGAAGUGAUUAAGUUGCAGCAAAAUAUUUACAUGCAUUUACUGCAACGCUAUUUAUUACUAAAAUACCGAUCGGAAUAUAAGUCGAAAACGAAAUUUUUGAAUCUUAUGAACGCAUUGACGGACAUUAAUAUUAUGGGCGAAAUAUUUAUGAGGAAAUGCUACCGAACCAAACCCGAGCUGUUGGGGCCGCUACUCAAAGAGAUAUUUGAUAUCCAGGACAUCCAGUGUUGAAAAUAAUUUCCUUUUAAUAUAAUUUGCUAAUAAAUCAUAAUUCAUAUAUUAAUAAGACAUUAUAUUUUAAUUAUACUCAUCAAUGAUAGAGAGAGAGAGA